CCUAUAAAUACUCAUCAAUUUCAAUCAUUUUCAUUCACAACUCAUCUCUUCUCCUACUCUCUCUACUUACUCUCUCUACUUAAUUCUUUAAUUACGCAAUUAUUCUCUUAAUUACAUAAUUAGUCUUCUAAUUAUUUCUUAAUUUAGUUAGUUACAUAAUUAAUCAUUUAUUUAUUUCUUAAUUCUAUAUUUCUAUUUUUACUUCUAUACUAUCAAUCAUGUCUUCAUUUUUGAAAAAAGCCACAAAAAAAGUUACUAAAGUGGCAAAAUCAUUAGGAGGUUCCAGUUCCUCCAAAACAAAGGCCACUUCUACUCCGUCGGUAUCAACAACACCCUCCAUUAGUAAUUAUAAUUAUGAACCUAAUUAUCCGGAAGGGUACGACCCGGAGUUACAUCAAUAUGCAGAAGAAGUGGAAAAAGAUAUACAAAUUGAAGAAGAAGAAGAACAAGAAGAAGAACCAACGACCCCAAUUGGGGUACAUAUAUCUCGACAGUCAUCAACAAGAUCAGAUGAAGAACAAGGAGAACAACAACAACAAAGACAAGCUCGUGGUAAACGAGUCAAUUUCCAAACUAUCGAUGAAGAUGAACCAGUAAGACAACCUUUUCCGGCAAUGCCACCUCCUAGUGGUAGAGCUGUUUCACAUGUGUGGUCGUAUUUCACAAAAGAACCAACCGAGAAUCCAGAUAUGUUCCUAUGCACUUGUCAAAUUUGUGAAAGUCAAGGAGUAAAGCCCUUAGUUUCAUACAAUUUCGCCAGAGGUGGUGGAACGGGAUCUUUUAACAAACAUUUGGCAAAGAAGCAUGGAAUCACAAAAGAAACUCAUGCAUCAAGCGGCAGCGGGACCACAAGUGGAAGCCGACAGACACAAUGGGACAUUCCCAACACAGGUAGAAGAGUUCUGGAUGAAAAGCGAUCUCGUCUUGCUCCACAUAGUAUUCAAAUAUGUGUUUGCAAGAAAGAUUGGGACCAAGCGGAGAUACGAACACAAGGACUAAGGAACGAUGAUGAUCAAGACGACGAUGAUGAUCCAUGGAUGAUGAUGGAUACAACUUCAUCAUCGUCAGGAGGAGAAUCAGCGGAAGCAUCUAAUCAAUAUCAACCACAUGAUGAUGACGAAGAUGAAUAGGAUCAAUCCGACAAGCGACAACGAUGAAUCAACACUCAACAACUAUAAAUAAAAGGUAUGACAAAGAACUACGUGGGCUUUGAUUCCUUCGGGAUACGUAGGCAGCUUAGUAUUCAUUUGGGUACUAGGUUCAAGUCCAUUUUCUCCCUCUUUUUUUAUUAAUCAUCUUUAUCGACAUUAUCAUUGAUUCGUUUCUUAUUAAUUAAUUUUUUUCCAUUCAUUUUAGUAAAUAUUUCAAUAACGAUGACAACUUGACAUGCAAUGAAUUUCGCUAAUAAUCAAGUAAUCAUCAAAGGUACGUCCGCGAUAUUAUAGUAUUUUUUUAUUAUACAAAAAUUUAAAGAAAAAAUUAAAAUGGAACCGAUGGUCCGACCCGCCCGUCCCGUGAGUUGGAACCGCCGGAACCGCCUCAUGA